UCGCUCUUCAAAUCGAGGCAGCUCCUCAUGGAGAGGAUGAGCCCUCAGCUGCGAGCCGAAGCCUGCAUUGCAAUCAACCUCGGAUGGCUCCAGAAGGUUUCCUUCUUCAAGCAGUUCAUGCAGCACAUCGAUGACAAGGAGUGGGCUGGUGAGUUUACUGGCCCUCACAAUGCCUGCGUCUAUGACAUCUCGCGGAGUUUGCAGCUCCAGGCCUUCGCGCAGCAGGAAAGCUUCGACAACGUCCAGGUUCUCUUCAUACUCUCAAAAGGUCUGGUCGCUCUCAACAGUCGCGUGGGCGCGCACGGCGAAGUUUGGGGCGAGGACUUCGUGCUGUCGGAUACGUCGCUCAUCGAGCCAGUGUCCGGGUAUGCGCUGACCUACAUUGAGCUCCUCUCUCUGACGCGAGACGACUUCAUGAAAGUCAUCGAGCGAAGGAGGUGGACUUGCCCAGAGCUGGCAAAAGUGGUUCGCCGCUACUGCAUUCGGGUUGCCGUGUUCCGUGGCGUCCUGGCCGAGGCACGGAGGCGCCUCAGGAUCCAGCAGACAUCCCACCCCCAGAUCGCGAAGAUAAAGGAG